CCCCUUCAGAUAAGCCCAUCCGUGUUGCUGGAAAGUCAGCAGAAAAGUGUGGAAAACUCCGCAGCGAAGGAGGACCCUUGAGCCUUGUUUCUCCCCCCCCCCCACCGCUUUUCGCGGAACUCUCUCCCGCACCCCGCUGAAGUCGCUCCCUUCUCGGCCAAGUAGGGACCGUCGUGCCCCCGGGGAAGCAUAAGCUCUUGUUUGCCGACUUCGGAGCACUUUUCCCGGACGUUGUACUUCGUUGACUGGAGCGCUGACUUCCUGUAAGCAGGCCUCUCGCACGAGGGGAAAAACGGAAAAAGAGGCUUUUCCGUCCACUUCCAAAUAUUGUCCCGAUAUCGGAGGCUGCCAGCUCAGAACAAUGGCCAGAAGAUGCGCCCUCUUCGCCUCGUUGCUUCUUACAACAUGCGGCUUGGCAUCUGCAGGGCCGUUUCGCAGCCCGUGUGAGUUGCUGCCAGUGGGCAUGAGCCACCCUGUGCAAGCCAUGAGCAAGAGCUUCACAGCCCUGUCAGGCUGCGCCAGCCGGGGCACCAGUGGCCUCCCCCAGGAAGUCCACGUGGUCAACCUGAGAGGCGCCGCACCCGCUCCGAGACCCGGCAGCGUCCCAGCGGAGGUGGAGCUGCACCUGAAGCCCAUCCAGUCUCUGCUGCGCCACCAGAAGCCGCUGGUACUGGUCCUCAACUCCCCGGAGGCACUGGUGUGGAAGGUGAAGACCGAGAGCCUGGCCCUGGGCGUCAGGCGCACUUUUCACGUACCCAUGGGCUCGGAGGUUCGCUUCCAGCCGGGAAACUUCUCACUCUCCUGUCAGGUCCAAAAGGAGCUCCUGCUUCCCCACGGCAACGAGCACCUCCUCGGCUGGGCCCAGAAGAUGUACGGGGCCGUCACCUCCUUUUCCGAGCUCAGGAUGACUCAAGAUAUCUACAUCAAAGUCGGAGAAGAUCCUCUCUUCUCCAACACCUGCAAGAUCGACAACAAGUUCCUGUCCUUGAACUACCUCGGCGGCUACGUGGAGCCUCAAGCCUCCAAAGGUUGCGUCCUCUCAGCGUCCCAGCACGACCAGGAGGUCCACAUCAUCGAGCUCCAGGCACCCAACUCCAGCAGUGCUUUCCAGGUGGAGGUGAUCGUGGAGCUACGUCCACUGGAGGACGACGCCCCGCUCCACCGUGACGUGGUCCUGCUGCUCAAAUGUAUCAAGUCGGUCAACUGGGUCAUCAAGUCCCACAAUGUUGUGGGCAAGCUCAUUGUUGUGGCUUCCGACACCAUCAGCAUCAGUUCAGGUACGGAGAGGCUGAUGCAAGUGUCCAAAUCCCCCAAGCAGCGCUUACCGUCCGGGCCGCAAGCGCUGAUCCAGUGGGCCGAGGAGCACCACUACGGCCCAGUCACCACCUACACCAACACGCCCGUGGCCAACAACUUCAACGUGUGGCUCAAACCGCAAGACGUGCCGGACUACGCGCAGAGCAUGCUACCCCCGGAGCUGUCCAUCCUACGGGAUUCCGGGCCGCCCCCCGGUGGACGCGGCGGGGUCUCUACGCGCCGCUCCGACCUGCCGUUCCCAUUCUUUCCGCCCGUGUCGGAUGGCCUGCCCCAACAUCUGCCGCCCUCCUUGCUGGACGAGCGUCCCUGGGAGAAGCCGGAGCCAGAAGAGCACCGGGCCGUCCUCAGCGUGGGGCUCGCCGUGCAGUGUCGCGACACCAAGAUGGUGGUCAGCAUCAGCAAGGAGAGCCUCCAAGCCAAUGGAUUUGCGCACGCCAACCUGACGCUUCAAGACCCACAAUGCAAAGCGGCGGUCAACGCCACCCACUACACAUUGGAGACGCCGCUCAACGGGUGCCAGACCACCGUGUACCCCCUGCUGGGAACGUCCAACGCCCUUCACAUCAACACAGUCCUGAUAAGUCACAGCGAGUCAAAGGACGGGAGCGGCGGGCCGUUGGAGUACGAGGACCAGGAAUCAGGAGAAGUCCUCUUCCCCAGGGGGACUUUGGACCUGGAAAGAUUCCCGCCCAGAGAUCAGAUGUCAAGCGUAACGUUCAACUGCACGUACCGACGGGAAAGCAAGAAAGUCCCGGCGGCGGCGGCGCCCAAGAAGGUCCCGGGAAGCGGUGCAGCCCGACCCGUCAACAUAACAUUUAGCAUGGAUCUGUACGACGCGCCGCCCACUAACCAGCCGUCCCGCCAGGCCUUCAACACCGUCUUGCACAACCAGCGGGUUUUCGUGGAGAUCACGUCAACGUCGGACAACGCGGACGUGGGCUUCAACAUCCUGUCGUGCUUCGUUUCCCCCGACGCCAACCCCAAAGUGGAGUCGCCCUACGCGCUCAUCGAGACGGUUUGUCCCACCGACGACUCGCUGCGCUUCCGUCAAGACGCGCAGAAGGACAAGAAGAGCUUCAGCUUCACCUUCAAGUCCGACUUGAACGCGUCGAGGCUCUUCCUGCACUGCAAGAUGGCGCCGUGCGCAGACACCGAUCCUCAUCUAGCACCGUGCGUGGACGCGAGCUUGGCGUGCGACUCCUUGAAAGUAGGAGACAUCCUGGACAUGAUGAUGAGCGCCAGGACCAGCAGCAAAGCUCUGCUGAUCCUGGACGGGAACCACCCACCCCACGUGACAGAUACACCGUCACAAGCAGGCCCCGAUGACCCCACUCACAAAAACACGGCGGCGCACCUACUAGACACGCCGACGGUGGUGGGGAUCGCCUUUGCCGCCUUCGCCAUCGGCGCUCUGCUGACAGGAGCGCUUUGGUUCAUCUACUCGCACACAGGAGGGACUGCUACGGUGGCAGCGACGGAAGACAUGACCAAGGAGGUCCAAAAGUGUCCGCCUGCUUCAGAGAACAGCAGCGCCGGCCACAGCAUCGGCAGCACGCAGAGCACACCCUGUUCCAAUAGCAGCACAGCAUAGCGGAUGGAAAAAACCCAGGCCGGACCCUUCCCGCCCUCCUGCCUGGGUCCGAAAGACUAAAAGAACUCGGGUGGCUGUAACAUCCGGGAUGGCGGGACCACAUCCUGAACUGAAGCGGAGACUUGUGGCCUUCUCCGAGUUCAUGCUAUACGUCCAAAGAGUUUUU